AUGUAUAUUUCUGACUAUGAACUAACACCUCACAAGAAGGAAAUAUAUCCAGAAUGUCAAAUUGGAGAACAGUAUAUUGGUGAGUGCAAAUCUACAAAGCAAAAAUUCUCAAUUUUAAAAAUUAAUAGAUUUUUCAUUUCAAACUCUUUAUUAUUUUUAAAUUUAAAGGUACAAAUCGAGUUACUCAGUUCCUGUUUCCAUCCAAAUAUUCAAAAAUACAUUGAUUGCCAUUAUGAAGGAGUUUUUCAAUAUAUUAUCCUUGAAUAUGAAGAAAAUACUUUCUAUUCACUGUUUGAGAAAAAUGAUUCUUUAAACAGACGUGAAAUAUUCGGAAUUUUCAAGCAAAUUGUAAGUGCACUCGAAUAUUUACAUCAAAACAAUAUCGUUCAUUUAGAUAUUCGCCCAGAAUCCAUAUUUUUAACAGAUAAUAAUGAGCUCAGACUCGGUAAUUUCUAUAAUGCCCAUAAAAUUGAACCUGAUGAGCUUAUCACAGUUCCAUAUGGUACAUUAAACUUUGCAGCACCUGAAACAAAGACUGACAAACCAUAUGAUGGCAAAGCAGCUGAUGUUUUUGCUUGUGGAAUUUUAUUAUUAUCGAUGUUUAUUAGAAAACUUGCAAUUUCAGGAUCUACAAUAGAGGAAAUAGAGCAAAAUUUUGCGAAUGGUCAGAUAUUUAUACCAUCAUUUAUAAAUGAAGAUGUUCGAUCUUUGAUUUCAUCAAUGAUUGACUUUAAUCCAGAAAAGAGAAUACCAAUAGAGAAUGUGAAGCUUUCUCAAUGGUAUACUUCAGAAAUUUCAGCAUUAAUUUAA